AUGUCAUUCUUCGGCUUUGAUACUACCCUGCCGAGGGAUAGACUUCCCCCGGGAGACAAAAGGGGGUUUUUCGAGGCUCCUGAUCCGUUUGCCGAAAUCGCUCGUGCUGGAGCAGGACACCCGGGCAACGACGACGACGAUGCUAUCGAUUUUGAGGACACCUACGAUGGUCUAGGAGAUCAGCUAGACGAUGACCAGGAUGCCUUCAACGACGAUACCUUUGGUGAAGGCGGUCCCACCGCGGUGGGCAAGGAUUUUGACUUCUUCGGAAAGACCGCUCGAGUUGCAGAUGCUAUUGGGGAGGAGCAGGUUCGCUAUAAUCUGCAGCACCCCCAGGCUGCUCCUGCAGGCAUCGCCAAUGAGACAGCUGCCCAACCCCCGGCGGCGAGUAUCGCAGUCGAGAAACCGAAGCGUACCGGCUACGAAAAAUACCAGGAUCCAGGAUAUAUCCCCGACCUGCAGGCCAAGUCGAGCGUUUGGGGUCUACAGAAGAAACCAGACGCUAUGCCGGAGCCCAUGUCACAGGCCAAGAAGAUGUUGAGCUUGGAGGAAGUGGAGGCCCAGCUGCGCGGGCACGGUAUCUUGCCAGGCCAGCUUCCGGUUUCCCUGCCGAUGGGGAUGCCUGAUCUUGCGCACCUUCAGCGGGCCCAACAGCUCCCCGGGCUCCCUGAAGCCUUCGCACAGUUGCCACCGGAGUUUCUCCAGGCCCAGUUCGCGAAAGGGAUGCCACCGGCGCAGCUGCUGCACCAUCCAGCAGCCAUGGUCCCCGAGCCAUAUCCUCUUCCACCCAAUGCACCCAAUCUGCCGUUGCAUCUCCUACAGAACGCCAAUAUUCCACCGCAACACAUGACCCCUCCGCAACGCCAUGCAAUGCCUCCACUAGCGCAGCAACCCCAGCCCCAGCCACAACCACAACCCCAGCAGCAGCCCCCACCACGGCGGACUUCGCGAGGUGCGGCUGCCGGUCUUCCGCUAAUUACGAACCCUCAGCAACUGAUGCAGCUGACUGAAGAACAGCGGAUGGCUUAUCUCAUGGAGGAUGCGAAGCGGGCCAAGCGCAACCACAAGAUAUUUCUCCUCUCAAAGGGCAAUGGCCUAAUGACGCCUCAAGAUAAGAACUUCAUCACACGGAUUCAGUUACAGCAGCUGGUAGCAGCCGCAGGCAAUGUUGCGGAUGCCGACUCCGAGGCUGUCUUGGCGGAAGACUUCUACUAUCAGGUCUACAGCCAGAUUCGGGGCGCACCCCGGCAACAUCCUCACCAGCCCCUGGGCCAUUUUGCGCAAACCUACCUCCUUCAGACGGGUAACCGAAUCGGAGGCCAUGGACGGAAGAACCUCCAGAGUGCUGAUAACCACAUGCAGCGGAUGCAGCAACAGGUGCAGCGCGCGGUCGAAGCAGCGAAAGCGAAACCCAAGAACAAGCAGCUAAUCAUUGAAGGCAGCUUGGGCAAAAUUUCUUUCAGCAAUGCAAAGGCGCCGAGGCCGACACUCAACAUCAAACGUCCUGACACUUCAGAGGGAACCAAGGUGGCCAAAAAGCAGCAAACUGAUCUGAGCCUCAGCGACCGAAAGUCUAUUCUGAUGAACAUCGAGAGUGUGUACAGCACUUUGAUGGAGAUGGAAGACAUGGAACGUACGAUGCCUCCUCCGCCGGAUGAGAAUGAUGCGGAGGCUAUCCAGAAACACAUGGAGUGGCGGCAGAAGAUUCGAUCAUUGAACCAGAAAUUGUGGCAUGAUCUCAAGGUCAUGGAGCCCAUUGUUCCCAAUACCAGUACCCCACAUCCGUUUAUCGCAUUCCUUUCUUAUCCCAAGGGCAAGAAAGCCAUUCCCCGUAUCUUUCGGCACAUCGAUCAGGAACAACGGGUCACGAUUCUCACCAUGAUUGUUGUCCACCUGGACACCUUGGACGUUGUCCGAAACGCACAGCCUGUUCCCGGCGAGACCCAGCCGUCGCUUGCCGUUCGGGAGGCCAUUGAUUUGUUCUCGCAGGCUGUGAUGCCCAGUCUGUUGGGUUAUGUGAACGAGGCGCCAUUCAACAUCAUCAUCGGGCUUCUGGGGCUCGUGAUUGCACAGACCCAUGUGCAACUGGUGGCCAAGACACGCGUUGGUCUGGGAGUUCUGACCAUGUUGCUCAGCCGUGCCGAAAUUGUCAAGGAAGCAGGACAGGCGGCGGAACGGGAUUGGCAACAAUGGGUUGAAAAGUUCAAUGUGUUGUUCGACACUCUGGAGCCGAUCUUUGGCGACAUUUUCCCCGCGUCGAUCAACGCUGGUGACGACAUGUAUGUAUGGCAAUUCCUGGCGGCGGUUGGUAUUGGGGCCAGCCCAGAACAGCAGCAGCGCUUGGUCAUCGCCGUGAAGGACCGCGUGAUGGAAACGGUCACAUACAGCAAGACUCUACCCGCCGACAUGGCCAGUCAGCGUCUCGGCAAUGUGAACCUCUUCAUGCGUGCCAUUGGCCUUGAUGUGGAAUUGCUUGGCUAG